AUCCUUUCUCUUCUCAGGUCGGAUUUAAUCCGGAGACAAAGUUCGGAACAAUGAGAAUUGGUCCGAGUCUGCUGACAACAAGCCUGUCUCUCCUUUAUUUGAUCGGGGUGGCGGAGAAAACCGUGCUGGCUAUCGAGGAGAGCCCGGCUUCGCCGAUGAAUCUUCAGCAUUACAACACGAUGUUGAAUUCCAUGGGGUUCGACGAUCCCCUGCCCGAGAAGAGAGCGUACACCUACGUCUCCGAGUACAAGAGGCUGCCGGUGUACAAUUUCGGCAUUGGGAAACGUUGGGUCGACGCGAACGACAACAAGAGAGGGCGGGAGUACUCGUUCGGCCUCGGCAAACGCAGACAGUACAGUUUCGGUCUGGGUAAACGCAACGAGAACGCGGACUACCCGGUCAGGCUGAACCUGGACUAUCUUCCGGUGGACAAUCUGGCCUACUACACGCAGGAGAACCUGGACGACCUUCUGGAGGAGAAACGAGGCAAGCCCUACAGCUUCGGGCUGGGCAAGAGGGCGGCGCACGCGAACGGUGGACAGCCGAUCGGCUCGAAGAGACCCAACGACUUGCUCAGCCAGAGAUACCACUUCGGCCUUGGCAAGAGGAUGCCCGAGGACGAUGAGGACUCGUCGCAAUAGGACCGAAUUUUCUCUCGAACGGCGUCGCCGACCCAAUGUAUGGCAAUGUAGCUCUAAUUCGAUGUCGCAGAGUUUUGUUGUCAGACGAAGCAUACCAAUAUACAAAAACACAGAAACACGCAGAAAUAAAGAACGCACGUUCCGACAGUUUUCACUCGUCCCACCGCGAUUCCUCGUAUUCGUUCUAUUCUCCUCGCCGAAUUUUGUUUCAUUAGGCCUCGGAAAGAAACAUCUCGCAACAAGUUCUUCGCCACACGAUUCCGGAGAACCGGAACGAAAAGGAGAAAACCGCGGAGCUGGGUAGAUAUCAGUUUCAUUGUUUCAAACGCUUCGUCGAGGUUCAAUCAAGUGUAAUGUGAUCAAAUGUAACGUAAAAAAUGUAUUUUGAAUAAUCAGUUUGACAGUCAGUUUUGUUUUCAUGCUGAAGGUCCCGAGAUCCCCCGUAGCGAUUAUUUUUGUACGUACGGCGACGUCUGGCACGACUUGAUGUUUGUACGAAUGGAAAAUGUUUUGGAGAUUCGAUCGAACCGUGAAUGAGAGAACGCCGCACGUCAUUAGUGACUUUAUAUUAGUGUUUAAGGUUCACUGCUUCUUCUCCUUUUUUUUUUUUUUUUUUUUUUUUAAUCUACAUUUCACGCAUUUCUUCUGCCGUCAUAAAUAUACCUAAAUCCUGCACCUGUCGAUGGCGAUUCCAUUUGUUUGCGAUUGUGACACGCGGCGUUCUUUUCUUUCUUCUUUCUCCCAAUCACAGUUACAUGAAUUUGAAGGUUGACCCUUUUUAUCGUAUCGAGAGAUUCCGUUCCCAUCUUGACGAAACGAGUUAAGUGGUUUUCAUCAUCUUGAUGUAAGUUCGUUCUACCAAAUCAACUGUAAUACCACACGACGAUAAUGGCAACUUUUCGAAACGACGAGAUGCGACGAGAUGUCUCGUUUCUCUUUAAUUUUAUUUUACUUUGCGAAUUGUUGCAAACGACUAUAGCAGUUGUUCUAAUUGUAACAUACUUUGUCUAGGUAAAUGAUUGACAUUGUUCAGUGUAAAUCGAAUUUAUCCAGCUCUCCCUCCUUCUCUCGAUUAUUAUUACUAUUCUUUUACGAUACCUACUUGCGACUAUGAAUUUGAAUGAAGCUAUCAUUUGCAGCGAGACAUCCGGAAACCAUCGAACUGCAUCCGACUUCACCGAACCGUUAGAAACCACACUACUGAAUGUACUGAAUUAUAGUUUUACGCAACUUGUCGAAUAAAAAGUAACUAGAUAUUGUAUUA